UUUUUACUUCUUUCUUCAAGCAAGCACAAAAAAUGGGCUUCCGUUUACCUACUAUUCGACGGGCAUCCUUCACUGCCCAAUCAGCUUCAAAAUCUGCAGAAGUGUCAAAGGGAUAUCUUGCAGUUUAUGUGGGAGAAGAACAGAAGCGGUUUGUGAUCCCCGUAGCAUACUUGAACCAACCUUCAUUCCAAGAGUUGCUAAGUCAGGCUGAGGAAGAGUUUGGAUUUGAUCAUCCCAUGGGCGGCCUCACAAUUCCUUGCAGCGAAGAUGUCUUCCAACACAUCACUUGUUGCUUGAGUGGGGUCUAAAUGCCACACUAUAGGAGAUUGACAUAGAAUAGUGGAGAAGUUUUGUACAAUAGGCAUCUUCUUAACUUGUAAAUAUUACUGCCCCUUCAUGAGAAAUGAGCAAAAAGUUACUAUCUGAAUUACAAAUUGGCAAAUUCAAUCCUCUAUUUUUCUUUGUAAUGACUUACGGCAAUGAUCUCAGCUACUAAUUAUUUCUUUAAUUCACUUGCUUUUCCUAAUUCACCUACACCAACUACUUCUUCUUCUUCUUUCUCUCCGUCUAAUAUAAAUCAUCUCCUAUUCAACUAUCUAAUUACUUAAGAUGUUAAAUUUCAUGAGUCAAACAGAAUUAAUAAAUAUGGCCUUGUAGUAAAUUACAGAGUGGCUUGAACAAAACAGUAAAAUUAUGAACAGAAAAUCAUUCUCUAACAUACUGAGUGCCCUUUCUUUGUUUUCAAAUUCAUCCACUCAAGUGGGGUAAGGCUACAUGCAUCAGACCUUUCUUAUGUUUCCCCCACAUAAUUUUUUCUUCCUCUUUCCCAUCUCAUCCUUAAUUUGGAAAAUUUAUGGAUCCCCCCAUGUAUAGGGUCAAAUAAAGGUGUUACUCAAGAGAAAAAUAUGAAGGUGGGUUAAAAAAAUAAUCAUUGGAUUCUUUCUAGGUUUACAGAUUAGCAUAAACUGGAGAAGUCCAUUUCAGACAAGAGAUUGGGUUGGAAAUUGCAUUUGAAAGAAUACAAAUGUCAGAAACCCGUAAGUCUUAGCAAGUGAAAGAAAGAGACAAGUACGAAAGUGCUGCCAACAUGAAAAUCUUACUUAUGGUCCAACAUCUACUAUGCCUCACAAAAUCAAA